AGGGCGAGCCCCAGUCCCAGCCCACCCCGAGGUGCAGCAGCCGCGCGCCGCAGAGCGCAGACGAAACUCAGCACAGCAGUGAGCAGCUCCCCCCGCUGCAAUCCCUGCUAUGGAGAGCCGGCCGGUGAAGGAGCCCGAGAUUGAGCUCUUUGUCAAGGCUGGGCUGGAUGGAGAGAACAUUGGGAACUGCCCCUUCUGCCAGCGCCUCUUCAUGGUGCUGUGGCUCAAAGGGGUGAAGUUCAACGUCACCACGGUGGACAUGACCAGGAAACCCGAAGAGCUGAAAGAUUUAGCACCAGGCACCAACCCGCCCUUCCUGCUGUUCAACCGGGAGCUGAAAACCGACUUCAUCAAGAUUGAGGAGUUCCUGGAGCAGACCCUGUGCCCACCCACGUACCCGCAUCUGAGCCCCAAAUAUAAGGAGUCCUUCGACGUGGGCAGUGACAUCUUUGCCAAGUUCUCGGCGUACAUCAAGAACUCACGCAAGGAAGCAAAUAGCAACCUGGAGAAGGCUCUGCUGCGGGAGUUUCAGCGUCUGGAUCAGUACCUCACCACCCCACUGCCUGAGGAGAUCGACCAGGACAGCAUGGAGGACAUCACCGUCUCCAAGAGGAAAUUCCUGGAUGGGGACCACCUGACGCUGGCUGACUGCAACCUGCUGCCCAAGCUGCACAUCAUCAAGAUUGCAGCCAAAAAGUACCGCGACUUCGAGAUCCCAGCUGACAUGACGGGUGUCUGGCGCUACCUCAACAACGCCUACGCCUGCGAUGAGUUCAGCCACACGUGUCCUGCAGACGAGGAGAUCGUGCACACCUAUGCCAGCGUGGCCAGGAAGAUGACCUAGCCCCCUGCAGGACAUCGGUCCCUCACCUCCCACCAAACCCUGGCCAACAGAGGGGCUGGGGGAGGGGGGUUAUGGCAUCCCUGCACCCCAGUUUUUGGAAAGAAAGCCUUGCUUUGCAGCCCCCACGUGCCACCAGCGUGGACCGUACCUAUGGACUGGUCACCGUGUGGCUGUGGGGGCAACCGUGUCCCCACCCCUACAAUUCAUCACAUGGCACAUGAUGGGAAAAGCCGAGCACCAGCCCAUUGUGGAAGAGCUGAGAUCUCCCAGCGUGUCCCACCACUGCUGGAAGAGAUGGAAGAGAUGGCACGUCCCUCCAAGGUCCCACCACCACCUGUGCUUGGGCUGUCUCUUCCCCUGAGGCAUCCAGGCUCCAACAAGCUCUUCCCCUACGAUUUAUCUGUGGCAACAAUUGACAAUGUGCAUCCAUCUCCUCAAUUGGACAGCAGGGCAGGGAGAUGCUGGGGACAGCACCAGGGAUCUUCUGGUGGAGGGCUUUGUGGGUUCUCCUAAGAGAUCUGCAGCUCCAGGGUAUUCCAGCACCUGGCUACGAGGUUCCACCUGGCUCUGAGACCUUGGUGGGCCCAGGGGAGAUGCAGCCUCACCUCCCUGCUCUGCAUCAGCCCCUCCCUACCUGACCUGGAGAGAGGUACAGGGCAGAGCAUCCUUCUGCAAUGCAGCCCCAGGCAGAAGCUGCUGUGUCCAUAGGAGAUACCCGGGCAGCUUUGGUCCUACCCGUGCUCCCUGGUUAGCAUUGUUCCUCCCAUUCCAGUGCCAGAGAAGUCAAACCCCCAACCUCCCAACCUCCCUCCCCAUGCCUCCAAGCUCCUCCCAGGGUUCCCACCAACACAGUCAACCCCCUCCAGCCCCCAAGGCCAGCAACAAAUACUGUACAGUGAGCGUGAGGGUCCCAUGCAGACCCUCGCUGGCAGAGCCACCCGCCAGCUCUCACUGCCACCUCCCUCUUUGCACUAAAAGGUGUGUCCUUGCAAGCCUGCUUCUGAUAGCACCGGGUUUGGGGACUGUUGUUUUUGUAUUGAUGAGUUUUGGGUUGUUUGGUAUUGUUUGAUUUUUCUUUCUUUUUUCUUUUUUUUUUGUAACUGA